CCGGCCUCACGUGCCCGCGGGGUCAGCUGACCAGGCGCGACCGGAAGGAGCGGCUGCCUGGUCCGGGCCUCCUGGCGCGAUGAGGUUCCGGUUCUGUGGUGAUCUGGACUGUCCCGACUGGGUCCUGGCAGAGAUCAGCACGCUGGCCAAGAUUUCUUCGGUGAAGCUGCGGCUGCUGUGUAGCCAGGUGCUGAAGGAGCUUCUGGGACAGGGGAUUGAUUACGAAAAGAUCCUGAAGCUCACUGCUGACGCCAGGUUUGACUCGGGCGAUGUGAAGGCCACGGUGGCAGUGUUGAGCUUCAUCCUCUCGAGCGCGGCCAAGCACAGUGUGGAUGGCGAGUCCUUGUCCAGCGAACUGCAGCAGCUAGGGCUGCCCAAAGAGCAUGCAGCCAGCCUGUGUCGCUGUUAUGAGGAGAAGCAAAGCCCCCUGCAGGAGCACCUGCGGGCCAGCAGCCUGCGUGUGAACAGGCUGGCAGGUGUGGGCUGGCGGGUGGACUACACCCUGAGCUCCAGCCUGCUGCAGUCCGUGGAUGAGCCCAUGGUCCACCUGCGGCUGGAGGUGGCAGCUGUCCCGGGUGCCCCGGCCCAGCCUGUUGCCAUGUCUCUCUCAGCAGACAAGUUCCAAGUCCUGCUGGCAGAACUGAAGCAGGCCCAGACCCUGAUGAGCUCCCUGGGCUGAGGAGGAGAGUGUUUGGGGCCCAUGUGGAGCUGCCCUAUCCCUGUCGCUGCCCUCCGAACUUCUCUUCAGGUGGUAGCCCCAGCUCCAGGACCCUAAGGGCCUGGCCUCAGACCUCUGGCUUCCUAGGUUCCCACUUAAGAACUCAGCAUCGGGAUCCUGACGACUUGCCCAGUAUUGCCUUCCCUUCCCCAUGAAGGGCACUUGUCAGUGAUUUUAACAAGCAGGAAGAAUAAACAGAAGUGUAGAGGA